AUGGACACCGUUCACAUCGUCCGCGGCGCGUAUGGAAUAAAUGAUCCACUGGCUUCCUCAAGGGCAACCACGUCAAUACCCCUCACAGUGCUCCAUUACUACAGCCGCUGCCUUUGGGACCCUAAUUGUCAACUCAGAUACCGCGCGACUGCGUUUCAGGAUUUGAUCUAUUGUCGCACUGUGCGAGUGCGCGGUCCUUCCACGUUUCAAAGUAUAAAUAACUCAAGAGACAGCAUUCGUUUUCACGCUUCGGCCUCUGUCGAUUCGGAAGCACAAUCCGCUAAUCGCCUGCCUCUCAGCAACCCCGUUUCACCAUGUAUCGGGUCGUUACUUGUCUUUGCGCCCUUUCCAUCGGGUCCUGCCGGUCUGCCUUUCAUCGGCAAUAUUCUCAAUUUCCCAAGAGCCAAACCAUGGGUCGUAUUUGGCCGUAUAUGGGGGAUGGAGCACGGGAGGAUCAUGUCUGCCCGCCUCUGGAGUCAAGUGUAUAUCAUCAUCAACGAUUUCGACGUGGCCGUAGAACUUUUAAGCAAACGAGGCAACAUCUACGCGAAUCGCCCUACGAGCAUCAUGCUCGAGCUCGCUAACUACCAUCAUGGACUGGCUGCAGAGCCGUACGGGCAAAGAUUCCGUGAUUAUCGCAAACUGUUGAGUCGUGUGCUAGGAAGUCGAACCGCUGUGAGAAGAUACCAAGACGUCGGCGAGUAUCACACGACCAGGCUGCUGCAACAUCUCCUAAAGCUGCAGCCGGGUGGUAAGGAUACACAAUCGGUCAUACACAAGGCUAUCGGCGAAUUCGCUUUACACAUCACCUAUGGUUAUAUAGCCAACCGAGAUCUAGCUUCGGAAGACCCUUUCAUGGUGUUGGCCGAACAGGCACAAUCUCAAUUUGCCACACUUACUGCUCCUGGCAGAUACAUGGUCGAGUACUUUCCUUUCCUCCGAUACCUUCCGACUUCGGCACCGUUCGCAGGAUUCAAACGACUGGCUGCCUCGUGCUCUGAGACGUCGCGCCUGUUCCAUGAUUUGCCUUAUCAGUACACGCAAAGACACCUUGAGGCUGGGGAUGCGUCGAGCUCAUUCGUAGCCGACGUACUUUCGGAUGAAGAUGCCGUUGACCGCGAGUAUGUCAAAUGGGUAGCAGGAUCCUUCUAUGGCGGAACUUCUGACACAACUACCACCGCUCUCUCGGCGUUUUGUAUCGCCAUGUGCCUCCAUCCCGAAAUUCAGCACCGCCUCCAUGCUGAGAUCGACGAAGUCACGGGUGGACACCGUCUGCCCACGUAUGGUGAUCGGCCCAACCUCCCAUAUGCGGAGGCUGUUAUCAAAGAGGUACUGCGUUGGUUGCCAAUUGCGCCGUUGGCACUCCCACAUUGUGUGACUCAAGACGACUACUACGGCGGAUACUACAUCCCACAGAACAGUAUUGUGCUUACCAACUGUUGGGCGAUGCAACAUGAUGAGAAAGCUCAUCCCGAGCCUUCCAUCUUCAAACCUGAGCGGUUUCUCGGUCCCAAUCCAGAGCGUGAUCCUGCGAAAGAAGUUUUCGGUUUCGGAAGACGCUCUUGCCCUGGUCUUCAUCUCGCCGACAUGGUCAUAUUUAUUGCCAUCGUCAAGAUUGCCGCUGCCUUCAACAUCAAGGUGGCUAUCGGUCUGGACGGGCAGCUCGUCAUGCCCUCGCAUGACACCGAUACAAAUGGACCAAUUACACUCCCCGACGCCUUCCCUUGCACAUGGGAGGCUCGGUUGCCCAAUCUCGGGGCGACUUUGUCGAAGAUUCUUGAUUCGUCACGGUUCUCUCACAAUAAGAGAGGUGUUACCAAUGAAAAUGACCAGCAAAUCGGGCAAGGCAUACUGUAG